CACGUGACGCAUUCACCUGUUUUCCCCAACCUGUUUAUCACCUCGGACGGUCGAUUCCCACACCUUAGUGUUUUUCCACUCGAUACUCUCACUUUUUGCGGCAGCGUUUUGACACAUUUAUUUAACAGGCGACAGUAGAAAUUGAACCUUUAACGCUUCUCGUCCUUUUGGGAGGUAUUUUGUGGGUGGCUGUGGUGUUUAAGCCGGACUUCGACCUGAGAGUGUAAACCUGGGGCCUAGCUGACACAAACAAGGAAGUUCAAGCGGUUGGUCGGCCAGCUAAUAGUAAAUGAUGCCUCGUGCGCUUGCUCGCCGACCCUGAAAGGCGAUUAAAUUCUGAUGCUGAUCUGCUGACACUCGCCCCGGGACGCUCCUUCGCCGUUUUGUGGACCGCGGACGGGAUAAAGUUGCCUCCGCCUCCAGUCGGGACAAGAUGAACAUCUCCGUGGCCGACAUGGACGCGUCGCCGGAGAACACUUCUAUCGUCCACCUGACCGCCCCCAUCCUCCCGGACAUGGCGGACGUCUCCAACAUGACCAUCAUUCGCACGGCCAAUGGCACCAUCCUGCAGGACCAGAUAUUUCUGAACACCACGGCCGCCCGCGCCCUCUCCGGCAUCUUUGUGUGGUCCGCCCUGCUCAUCACGUGUCACCAGAUCUACACACACCUGCGCUCCUACACUGUGCCCAACGAGCAGCGCUACAUCAUCCGCAUCCUCCUCAUCGUGCCAAUCUACGCCUUCGACUCCUGGCUCAGCCUGCUGUUCAUCAGCAACAACCAGUACUACGUCUACUUUGACUCGGUUCGAGAUUGCUACGAAGCAUUUGUCAUUUAUAAUUUCCUGAGUCUGUCCUUUGAAUAUCUGGGAGGAGAGAGUGCAAUCAUGUCCGAGAUUCGAGGGAAGCCUAUACAGUCAAGCUGCCUGUAUGGCACCUGCUGUCUGGGCGGGAUGAGCUACUCCAUCGGAUUUUUAAGAUUUUGCAAACAGGCAACACUUCAGUUCUGCAUCGUCAAACCCAUCAUGGCGGCCAUCACCAUCAUCCUGCAGGCCUACGGCAAAUAUCACGAUGGGGAUUUUAACGUGAACGGCGGAUACUUGUACAUCACCAUCAUCUACAACUUCUCCGUCAGCCUGUCGCUCUACGCCCUCUUCCUCUUCUUCUUCGCCACCAGCGACCUGCUCAGGCCAUACGAGCCGGUGCUCAAGUUCCUCACCAUCAAGUCCGUCAUCUUCCUGUCCUUCUGGCAAGGCAUGGUUCUGGCCAUUCUGGAACGCUGCGGCGUCAUUCCCAACGCGCUCUAUAUCGACGGACAAGAGGUCGGCGCCGGCACGGUGGCGGCCGGCUGGCAGAACUUCAUCAUCUGCAUGGAGAUGUUCUUCGCCGCCAUCGCCCUGCGAUACGCCUUCACCUGCACGGUCUACCAGGAGAAGAAGAAUGACGUGCCACAGAUCUUCCCAUCUAUGCAGAGCAUCUCUAGUGGUCUCAAGGAGACCAUCAACCCGGGCGACAUGGUGCAGGAUGCUAUCCACAAUUUCUCCCCGGCCUACCAGCAGUACGCGCAGCAGUCCACGCAGGAGGUGGUCCCGCCUUGCCCCAACGGGAAAGUCGCCUCCACUGCCAACAAGGGCUCCCGCAAGUCGGACAAAGUCGUGCUGAUCAUGUCUGAUGACGAGUUCUAAGCUGCCAGAUUCAGGUGCGUGUGUCCUCAUCGCCACUUGUCUCCCCCGGGAAAACAGAUGUAUCUCAAAGGGCACAACUGGAUUGUAUUUUAUUUUCAUCAGCGCAGUGUUGAGCAGUGACUGCUUAGUACUAAUGAACAUUUGAAAGGAUGAACCGGUUUUUACUGGCGUAGCUCAGCUACCUGAGAGUUUGACUUCUUGGCCUU